AUGUCCAGUGCUAGGAACCUCACAGCUGCUUUGCGGCGGGCCCGAGUGCCUCGUCCUCGCCUUGCCCUUCGCCCCAUCCAAUUCACACCCUUGACCGCGCGCACCUUCAGCGCCUCCACACGCAACGCCGACUCCCGAGAGAUCAAAUUCACCAGCGACGCCUACCCCAACCUCAAGAGGAACCCCAACUUCGGUGAAAUCUCCGCCGACGAUGUCGCACACUUCAAGGAGCUGCUGGGCUCUCAGUCAGCCGUAAUUGAUGGCGUGACGACCGACGCGACCGAUGAUAUCGAACCCUUCAACAGCGACUGGAUGCGCAAAUAUCGUGGCCACACUCGGCUUGUUUUGAAGCCUGGGAAUGCACAAGAGGUCAGCAAGGUGCUGAAAUAUUGCAAUGAGCGCAAAUUGGCCGUUGUCCCUCAGGGUGGAAACACCGGUCUCGUCGGUGGCUCUGUGCCCGUCUUCGAUGAGAUUGUCAUCAACACUUCGCGUAUGAACCAGAUCCGUUCUUUCGAUCCUGCCUCGGGAGUGUUGGUUGCCGAUGCGGGUGUGAUUCUCGAGGUGGCCGACCAGUAUCUCGCUGAGCACGACCAUCUCUUCCCUCUGGACCUCGGUGCUAAGGGAUCCUGCCACAUCGGUGGGAAUGUCUCUACCAACGCCGGCGGUCUGCGCCUGCUCCGCUACGGCAGUCUGCACGGUAGCGUACUCGGUCUCGAGGCAGUCCUGCCGGACGGGACUAUCAUGGAUGCGCUGUCUACUCUCCGCAAGAACAACACUGGCUACGAUCUCAAGCAGCUGUUUAUCGGCUCCGAGGGCACCAUUGGUCUGGUGACCGCGGUCUCUAUUCUGUGUCCCCCUCGCCCCAAGGCGGUCAAUGUGGCCUACUUCGGCCUCGAGAGCUUCGAUCACGUUCAAAAGGCUUUCCUGGCGGCCAAGGGUCAGCUCUCGGAGAUCUUGUCUGCCUUUGAGCUGAUGGAUGGCCGCAGUCAGAGCUUGGUCAGAGAAUCCACUGGCAACAAGUACCCUCUCGAGGGUGAGUAUCCUUUCUACUGUUUGGUGGAGACCAGUGGUUCCAAUGCCGAGCACGAUAUGGCUAAGCUGGAGUCAUUCCUGGAGAGCGUCAUGGGCGACGGCAUUGUAGCCGACGGCGUAUUGGCCCAGGAUGAGACCCAGUUCCAGGCUCUGUGGCGCUGGCGUGAGGGUAUCACCGAGUCGCUCAGCCACCUGGGUGGCACCUACAAGUAUGAUGUGUCUAUUCCAUUGUCGGAUCUCUACCUACUGGUGGAGGACUGCAAGGCCCGCCUGACCGAGAUGGGCUUUGUGGGUGACGAUGACUCUUUCCCCGUUCGUGCCGUGGUUGGUUAUGGCCACAUGGGUGACUCCAACUUGCACUUGAAUGUUUCUGUCCGACAGUACAACAAGGAAGUGGAGAAGGCGAUCGAGCCGUGGGUGUAUGAGUGGAUUCAGAAGCGUAAGGGCAGUAUCAGUGCUGAGCAUGGCCUCGGGGUUGCCAAGCGGGAGUUUAUUGGAUACAGUCAGAACGAGACGAUGGUGAAGUUGAUGAAGCAGCUCAAGAGUGUCUACGACCCGAAUGGGAUCAUGAACCCGUACAAGUACAUCUAG